AAAAUAAAUAAUUUUACAGAUCUCUUUAGCAGUCAAUAGGGUCAAUAUUACUAUUAUGAGUAUACGAAUCACUGAUCAUAGAAUUCAGACUGUAGCAACAGUCGUAGCUAACGCAUAAGCCGCGGAAUAAAAUUUUUGCGUGAUUUGUAUUUUUUAAACAGAGCUUAGCCUAUUGAACACUAAGAAAAAAUAUGGCGUCCGAAAAUAGCACUGUUGAUACCGGUUAUACCAAAUUUUACACGCGGGAAGAAGUCGCUAAGCAUAAUAAAAGUAAAGAUCUGUGGUUUAUUAUUCACAAUAAAGUUUACAAUGUGUCUCAAUUUAGAAAUCAUCCUGGUGGAAAAGAAGUUCUUUUGGAACAAGGUGGUCAAGAUUGUACAGAAGCAUUUGAAGAUAUUGGUCAUUCAAGUGAUGCAAGAGAAUUAAUGGAGGUAUUCAAAAUUGGAGAAUUGGUAGAAGAGGAAAGAACACAGGGAAGCAAUGAUGUAACUGAUGUGUCUGAUGUAGAUAAUUCUAGUUGCAGUGGUUCUUGGCGAUCGUGGCUGAUUCCAAUUGCCCUUGGAGUACUGGCGACUCUUGUCUAUCGUUACUUUAUUAAAGCACACUGAAUCAUUCCUGAUAUUGAUUUUUUUUGUAAUGUGUAUUAUACAUAAACGAAUGUUAUAAAUAAUUAAUCAAAGAAUACUAUGUAUAUUGCACAUAACUACAGUCUUGUUUUAUGACAUGAAAUUGCACGCACAAGCUGGCCUAGCAUAAAAACAUUUAGAAAACAAAAAUUCAUUUGUUAUAUUUACAUAAACACACGCAUACACACACAUAUAUACAUAAACACACGCGCGCGUGUUUCAUACCCAUGUAAUAAUACGAAUUAUAUUAACUGCAAGUACAAAAAUAAAAUAAUUUUAUUUACGUACUGGUACAGAAGUUCCUCUGAAACAAAGGAACAAGAGUUGGCUCUAGAUCAAUAUUUUAAAAACACAUUGAGUGCAGUUACCAUUCUGAUUGUAUACAUAAAGAUAUUUAAACUUAGUUAAAGAAUAUAUGAGCAAAUUAAGAAUUAUUUAAAAAAAAAUAUUCAAACAAUAUUUAGAAGAAUUCUUAAAGUUGCAUUUGUCAAAAACAUAUUUAAAAUUAGUUUACAUGUAUAAUCGAUGCAAUAUUUUCUAAUAUUAGGAGAAUGAAAUUGUUAAGUUUUCUAUUGUAAAAUUAUAUAUAUUAUAAAAUAUGUUCUAUUAUAUUUCCAAUAUUGUAUUUAAUAAUUUAAUAAUCCAUUAUCUCAAAUAUAUAUAUAUAUAUAUAUAUAUAUAUAUAUAUCUUCUUAUUAAAAUCACUUGAAUAUAAUAAAAGCAUGACUUUUAUACUAUAAUUACUUACUAUAAUUUGUUAAAACGCAAAUAUGGUCUUCAGUUGUAACGUAGAGCUACUUAGUCAAUAAUAUUGAAAUUUACAGUCUCACUAUUACUACUUAUAACAUUAUUUCACACAUUUGCCUGUGAUCAGUAUUAUUCUUAUAAUUGCAUAAAAAGUAAAGGUGUACAUUAAACAUA